ACCCCUCCCCCGUCCGCCCCAACACGCAGGCGCGUCUCCUCUAAUCCUGUCCCUACCCGACUCCUCUUUCUCUUUAUCGCGUGUCCCCUCAGCUUCCAGCACCUCAGCAAGUUCGAACUCUACUCCUUGCGGGUGGCGGCGAACGAGAGGUCACGUGAUGAGCAUACUGCUGCCCAACAUGGCGGAGUUCGACACCAUCUCGGAACUGGAGGAGGAGGAGGAAGAAGCGGCAACGUCGUCGUCGUCGCCGUCGUCGUCGUCGUCGUCGGUGUCUGGGCCUGACGAUGACGAGGAAGAUGAGGAGGAAGAGGAGGAAGAGGAGGAAGAGGAGGAAGAGGAGGAAGAGGAGACGCCGCCCCCGCCUCGGGUAGUGAGCGAGGAGCAUCUGCGGAGAUACGCCCCGGACCCCGUAUUAGUGCGGGGGGCCGGCCACAUCACUGUGUUUGGCUUGAGCAACAAGUUUGAUACUGAAUUUCCCUCAGUUCUAACAGGGAAGGUGGCCCCAGAAGAAUUUAAGACCAGCAUUGGCCGUGUGAAUGCAUGUUUGAAAAAAGCUGUCCCAGUCAAUGUGAAAUGGCUGCUGUGUGGUUGUCUUUGCUGCUGUUGCACGCUGGGUUGCAGCCUGUGGCCUGUUAUUUGUCUCAACAAAAGAACCAGAAGAUCAAUUCAGAAGUUGUUAGAAUGGGAAAACAACAGAUUAUAUCACAAGCUUGCUUUGCACUGGAAGUUGACUAAAAGGAAAUGCGAAACUAGCAAUAUGAUGGAAUAUGUAAUAUUAAUAGAAUUCUUACCAAAAUAUCCCAUUUUCCGACCUGACUGAGGAAUUUUAUUCAGUCACUUCUGUUACCUGUCAUUUCCUACCCUUAGUGCCUUGUAGAUGAUUUUGGAAUGAAGAUGGCCUCCUUUGCUGUGUUCAACUUAUUCUUUAUAAUGGUAGAAUGUUCUCCUCACUCUUUUAUUUGUGUUUAGGAAGAAAAUUUGUACAUCUUUUUUUUGUUGUUGUUAAAUGAGGCUUGUGUUUUGCACUCUCAAUUUUUAAAUACACACACUUACAUGUAUGUAUGUAUGUGUGUAUAUACAUAUGUGUGUAUGUCUGUGUAUACACAUAUAUGUAUAUAUAUUUAUAUAGUUGCCACUAAAGAUUAAACAUCAGUGCUGGUGUUUAAAAAACAAAAACUUGUUCUGAGCAUGCUGCCUUAUAAUUUUCAUACUCACCGUUUCUAAAUAUGCAUCAUUUUUCUAGGCGACUUCAUGCUCUGUAAUCCCUACUGGACACGUAAAUAAGCUUUUGGUAGGUUUUAGAAAUGGUUUUACUCUUACCUGCUUUUAAAGGACAUGCAAUUAAUAGCACUGUUUUUGUCCUGCACUUUGCUAUGACUUAUGUUAGUAGAUAAAGUAUUUAAACUCCUAAAGACUUGUAAAUAUUAUCUGUUUGCAUAAUGUAAAAUGUGAUAUGCCAUGGUUUACAGAAUGUAAUAUUACUCAUACUGUAUUGCCAAAAUUCUGCAUAGAUUUUAAUAUGAAUGAAGUUUGCAAGCAUCCUUUUGAAUGUAUAGACUGUUAACAUGCUGUUUAUGGCAAAACCAUAAGAAACAUGUUAAAAUUUUCAGGUGUGAGGGUAGGUUGCCCUUUGUAACAAGUGGAUUAGAGUUGACGUCAUUGUCUGAAAUACUCUGCAUUGCACCUGAAAUCAAGAACCUUAUUUUUUUCCAUUUAAUUCAAGAAUUCCAUUUUGUCCUCCACUCUCACCCUGAAAAGAAUUCAUCAGCUAUCUGACACAUUUCACAGUCUCACUAUCCUCAUUUAUUUCCCUCUAUAUAUCCUUUCCCCCUUUGGAAAUACGCAAUUAUGACCUUUAAGGGGUAUUUCAAGAUUUUAGCUGUCUCUGGAGGUGUCUUAAACCCCCCCAUGAAAGCCACAGCUAACACCUUUCUGGAUGUUCUGAUACUCUACUUUGGAAAAGAGAGAGAAGUAAUUGAGAAACUGAACCUAAAGAAUAUAUUUAGUGGCUGAUUUACAAUUGUUAAAAUAUUCACAAUCCUCUUUUGAGGAUUUUUUAAAAUAUUUGGAUAUUAUUAAUAAAGAAAGACAGAUAUUUAGACAAAAUUAUUUUACUUUAUAAAUUCACCACACAUGGAGCCUUUUCAUUGAUAUGUGCAUAUUUCUCUUCACAAUUAAAAUGAGUGAGAACACCGCAGACUAAUUCUUCUAGAUUUUGAAAUUUUAACACAAUGAAAGCUUUCUAUGAUGUUAAUUCGAUUGUAAAUGUAUACCUAUAUGCAGGCAUUAUUUGUAGUUCAUAGUACUAAAAAUAAAAGUGUCUGGGACUGAAUGAUAUUUAUUACCUUAUUCUUAUUGUUUUUAGCAAAGUUUUUUAAGCAAAUAUUCAUGCCAGUGAAGAGAACAAUAAUUUCUUCAUACAAGUUCAAGCCUUUUAAAGACUUUUAAAAUUUACAACUAAUUCGAAAUUCACAGUCCUGGAUCAGACAAAGAAGAGGGAAAAAAGAGAGUUUAUUUGAUAAGUGACUGUAAUUGUUUGCACAAACACUUUUCCACCUCUCUCUGUAGAACCCUAUUACCCACAUGACACCCAGCCACCCAGAAUCUCUAAUUUUAAAUAUAUUGUGUGUGCCUGCAAAUAUCAUUUGUCUGCUGCAAAACUGAAGGUGUAUUUUUCUAGACACGAUAGAAAUCUCUGAAAAUGCGUAUCAGAUGUCUUGUUAUAUAGCUACUAGGGUCAGGGCAAAUUGUAUUUGUGGUUCCUGUUCCCGCUAAUAUCACCAGGUCUUUAUGCUUCAAACUGUGACUGUUUAGUACCAAAAUUGAUUUCCAGCAUAAUACAAAAUGUAUCAUUGUCACUGAUAAAAUAAUUAUUUCUAUAUGUCAACUAUAAAAUCUUUUUUUCUGUAAACAUACAGUUUGGCCAUAGGAUGGCCAUAGUAGCUUUUAUGCUGUGUAUAAAUCACACUUGGUUUUGCUCAAGAACAGCAAAAAGUAGUCAGUUGUUUCCAUGAAACAAAUACUGAGACACAGGAAUAGAGUGUAUAUGUUGGUUAUAAAGUAUAAUUCAAGUUAUGGUAGUAUUUGUAAUAAAAAACCAUUUGCCAGCUUGUGUAAACUUCAUUUUAAAACCUACUCUGAUUACUCUUAAAUUGAUCAUUUUAAUGUUCAUUGUGCUGGUUGACUCAUCUUAUUUUCUUGAACUACUCCGAAAAUACCCAAAUUUCUUAUUUUCUUUCUUGUAUGACUGCUUUUUCAAACUGUUUUCAUUUGGACAGAGCUGUCGCAGUUGGGUAUUUUGGAGUACUUUGGGGGGUUUGUUUUCUUUUCAAGGGAAUUGGCAGUAGUGAAUGCUAAAAUGGCAGAGCACACUCUGGUCAUUAAUCUCUCCCACCUAUCCUCAGGAUAGAACACACUUGGAUAUUUUUAUCAAGUUAGUAAAAUAAUUUUGUGACAGUUGUUUUUAGGCUGAAGAAAGUCAUUUUUCAUUUCUUUCUUAUGUAGUAUUCCUUUAUGAAACCUGCUAUGGCAGUUUGCAGAGAAAAUAAUGUGUAUUAAGCCAAAGUAUAUAAAUCUAACAAAGCUUUGAGGUCACAAGUUAAAGCUGCUCUUUCUCUAACUUUUUUUAUACAUCUCCACCCCCAUUCCCCCUUUAAGUCCCUAAAUUGUAUAUAAAAUGAAAUAAUCUUUAAUCUUUUCCAGCUACUUUUUGUUCCCUUCUUCCCCUCUGUUAAUUUUAGGGAAAAAAAUCAUUGUAGUCGAACAUUAGUAGUAGAUGGAGAAGUGCCUUGUCUAUUCUGAACAAAGAUAACAUUUUAUGUUGAAGGAAGCAGAAUAGGUGAAUUAGUAGCUCAUUAGAUUUAAAACCUCCUUUUCUAAAGUGUAAAAAUAUUUCAAUAGCAUAUUUCAUUUCUUCUAUUAUUUCUAUUGUUUCCUUAUUUUCCUCCAAUUAUGUGAUAAUAUUAAUGACAAAAUAUUACAGAAAAUAUCAGUCACUUUAAAAAAACAGUAUAAUUCUAAUGCUUGUAAACAUGAGCUUUAGCAUGGUUCUGAAAGAACAAUUUGCUUUUGGUUGAAGCCCCACCAAAACCCACUUAAGUGCUUAAUGUACUUGCUACUCAUAUUAUGACCUAUAAACACUAAUGUCUGAGCAGUUAAUUAAACUGUGUUAAUAUUUCAUUUUUAAUGAAAUGUAUUCUUGUUUUUUCAUAAUUUGAGUUAAGUUCCAUAACAUAUAUAAGCCCUUAAACAAAUGUGUAAGAGCUUUAAAAAAUCAUUAGCAUUUUAUUUUGUUUACAAAUAAACUUCCACUUAACAAAAAAAUCAAACCUCACUGCUUGAACAUAAAGCCCCAAAAAAUAUUUCGUCAAAAUUGACUGUAUUGAUAUAGAAGGAUAUGGAAUUACUACACCAGGUUAAUUGGAGCAGUUUCACAUUGUGGAAGUACUUUUUGCUAAAUUGAUAAUAAGAUCAAUUCAUUGAAAUUUAAGUCCUUUUAUGCCUGCCUAUAAAACUUUUUUAAAAAUCUGUUUUGCAACAAUUUUCAAACAUUUCAGGUUCCUUUCAAUGGUGAGCUAUUGGAAACUUUUCCAUAGAAAAGGAAUAGGUUUUAUUAAUAAUACCUGUUCAUAUGAUACAUGGACUAAAAGCAAGGAGAUGUAUAUAUACAUAUACACUACAUAAUAUAUGUAUAUUCUUGUCCCAAAUUUCACAUUCCUGAUUCUGAGCCAGCCUUUUCAUUUAGAUGAUGGCAACCUGAGGAUAUGCUCCAUUUUCUGUGGAUUUUUUCAGAUUCAUACUAUGUGAGGAAAUGAUCUAAUACUGUGGGCUCCAGGCAAAUCAUUUAAAUUACAUUUUAAAUUACAUGUCAGUCUUCAUCUGCAAAAUCUGGGGUGAACCUAAAGCUGGACAGGAAAUCAGAGAUCACUAAACAUUCUGUGAUCCUAGGAAUACUUAGGAAAUAUUUCCUCUACACAGUAUCAGAAUCAUUUUUCUCAAAUCUGCUACCCUUGGUGGACACUCUCACAGUGCCUUGCACUCAGUUAAAGUUUGAUUCGCCAACUGUCUCCUAUCUGGUGUGUGUUUAUAUCACACAGACUCAAAAGAAACCUGAUGCCUGCUAGACCUCAGUCCUUCCAUGGUGAUAAAAACGAAUGUAGUUUCCCUAUGAACUGAGGACUGAUGUCUGUAGGCUUUGCCUAAGUGGAAUGUAAUUGGUAUCCAGGCAAGAAUUAUUGCUGUGACAACAAUGGAGAUAUGGGAGGAUCCACUUUGACAUUGAUGUGAAAAUAAGUUCAUAUCCUAUCCAACAUCUGCUUCAGUGUCUUAUUAAGGUCCAUACCCUCAAAAGGAUCUGUUGGAACCAGUUAAUCAUAUUAGAUGGAAAGGAAAGAGGUAUGGAAUUCAAGAACCCAAGUCACUUCUGGUUUAAUUCUUAGCCUCUGCUGCUUAAUUCCUCUGUACCUCAUGUCCUCAUUGUGGAAGUGGGGACAAUAAUCUGGACCUACCUCACAGGUGAAUUGAGGUUUUUUUUCAUAUAUUAAUGUGCUUUUGAAGUUGACUGAAAGAUAUACUGGAUAUCAUAAUUUUUUUAAUUCCUAAAUAGAUUUCUUUUAAUCUAUGUUAUAUUUUUUUUCUCAGUUAGACCCUACAGAAUGAAUGUUGUAGUUAAUCUAUGUUUUCAAUAGCAAAAUUUGUUACCAAUCCCCUAUGUGUUAAACAUAGUAAUUGUGUUAUUAUGUUAAUACUUGAUUUAGGGAGGAAAAGCAGGUGGAUGUAAACCAGUGGUUCCCAACUUGGGGAAGAUAAAGACAGCAGUGGGGGCAUCAUUGAAACUUUUCAACAUUUCAAAAAGUAUACUAGAAAUCAUACAUUUAACCCACAACCCUGCUGUGCAAACCAACUAAGACAUUGCAUUUCCAUGCAUCUUGCCUGUAUUUUUUCAAUUCUGUCUGUUAACACUGGUUAUCACACACUGAUCAGAAACUGUAAAUGGUGGUUAUGUUUUUGAUUAAUAAAAAAAUAAGAAAGCCUAUUAUUACAUGCAAUUUAGUAAAUAAAAUACUUGAAAACAUGGGGAAGGAAUAAUAAAGGGAUCUUUAUGGUAAAAGUGUUGGGAGCCAUUUUUACGAAAGAACUAGGAUUAUUUGAUCCCGUCCACAUGUUGCUUACUUAGUCCCUAAAUAAUGAAAUGCUGGAUUGUGUGUGUGUGUGUGUGUGUGUGUGUGUCCGUGUGUGUCCGUGUGUUUGGCUAGAUUGAGCUAUGUAACUUCUGAUUAGAAUUUGCCUUCAGUUUUUUUCUGUUUCCGGAUGACCUAACUAAUUUAUUGGGGUGUGUAUGAGUAAUACACACACAGAAUUGCAAAUGUGGAAAGUUAUAUCAUGUUCUAACACUGGAGUAAAAUUUUCCACGUCUCAGAAUAGUUCUGUGUAUAAACUCAGUAUGAAGGCAAUAAUUUCUCAAAUGUUCCUUUUAUUCCUGCUUUUUGUUGUUUGCUUGCUUGCUUGCUUUUAUCUUGGCUUAAUUUUCCAUUUUUCUAGUAAACAAUCAGUGUAAAAUUGUUUUAAUGCCUGGACUUUGAAACAAGUUACAUAUAUUUGAAAUUAUAUAAUCUACAAGCUAGUUUGACAUCCUUGAACUGACCAUGCAAAUAUGAGUCUCGGCUGCAAAAACAGGAAAUACGGGUAGCUAGAAAGCAGAUGGUGAUCAAACUAUCUGGUUGAAAAGCCUAUGAUUUCUACUUUUUGGCAGAGGAUUCCUGUUGGGACAGCUUUACCAGAAAAGAAUAAAAGUG